AUGGCCGGGGGGAAACAACUCAAGAAGCUAAGAGAGUCUCUUAAAAAUGCAGGUCUGACAAACCAAUCCUUUGGUAAAAAAGGAAAGGGUAAAGGUAAGAAAAGCGCACAGGACAAACUAAGAAAAGAUGAUAAACAAAAGGUAUUAUCUGAAAUCAGAGAGCAAUUCAACCCAUUUGAUGUUAAAGUAAGCAGGAAUAAAAGGGCGGACGCAUUGCAAAAGAAACUCACUGUUGGUAAGCCCGGAAUCACAAAACAGAUUGGGGAAGAAAACAGACGUAAAGAGUACGAAGAGAAAAUGGCCAAGCAAGGUAAGGCUGGUGGUAUAAUUGAUAGAAGAUUCGGUGAGGGCAAUUCAAAGUUGUCUACUGAAGAGAAAAUGCUUGAAAGAUUUACCAGGGAGAGGUUAUCCAAGGCGUCUAAGAGUUCAAUGUAUAACUUAGAUGAUGACGAUAAUAUUGAUUUCACAGAUGAUGUUUUCAGUGGAUUGACCCAUCUUGGCCAAUCCUUAUCAGGUAAGGAUACCAUUGAUGACGAUGAUUUUUUCUCCAAGAAGAGACCGGCUGGUGAAGAUGAUGAUGCUGAAGAAGCAAAUCAUGAACCUGAACGGAAGAAAACAAAGGCAGAAGUUAUGAAGGAAAUUAUUGCUAAAUCUAAAAAAUACAGGUAUGAACGUCAAAAGGCGCAUUUGGAAAACCAAGAAGUUGUUGGCGAGUUAGAUGAACAAUUUGAUAAUGUUAUGGAUGAAAUCAGUAGUGUAAAUAGAAGCGUUGUUGAAGAAUCAAAGAAGAGUGAGGCUGAUCUUGCCUAUGAUAUGAAAGUUACAGAAGCUAAAUUGGAUAGAAGAGCAAAACCAACUGACAGAACGAAAACCGAAGAGGAAAUUAGGAAGGAAGAGGAAGAAAGAAAGACAGAGCUGGAAAAGAAAAGAUUGGCCAGAAUGGAAGGUGAAGUUGAAGAACUCGCAGAAGUUAGACCAGACGGCGCUGUGGGAGAUGAUCUAGACGAUGAUUUCUGGGCAGGUAGUGGUGAUGAAGAGACUGGAUUCACCGUGGGGUCCCCCGUCACCUCUGUUUCUGAUUCUGAAGAAGCAAGUGGUGAUGAGGAGGAAGGAAACAAAGAAUACCAAUCAGUCAGGGGAGAAAAGCCUUCCGAGAAUGUCAUCACUAUUGGUAAUAAAAAAAUCAUCAUCAAGAAGGCUGAAAAGGCAAGGCUAACAUGUCCCCAGACACUAGAGGAAUUGAAAAAACUUGUCAAUGUGGAUUAUGAAGAAACUGUUUCCACUAUUAAGAAGGUUUUUGAGACAUACCAGCCAAAAUUGGCCGAAGGUAAUAAGGAAAAACUAGGUGUUUUCACCACUGUUCUUCUUGAAUAUCUCCUUGAACUUUCAAAUGAAAAUAUUGGAUUUGAAGAUGCUAAAUAUGUGAGACUAAUGGACUUUUUAACCCGUACAGUUUGCAAUUUGACUGAAAAAUACCAAGAUUUGCUACUACAAUCUUUUAGAGGACAUAUAAAAGCAUCGCAUGAGAGAUUACUUUCACAAGAUGCGAGAAGUUUUCCUUUGCAAAGUGACGCUAUACUAUUGACAUUGAUUGGACGUACUUUCUCAACUUCCGAUAAGUUUCAUCUUGUUGUUAUUCCAGCUCUGUUAUUAGCAUGUGAGGCGUUGGAAUUCAUGAAACCAGAAUCAAAUAAAACACACCUAUUUUUUGGUGUAUUCUUAUCCGAUUUACUAUUACAAUAUGAACGUGUAUCAGAGAGGGUCAUCCCCGAAGUUAUAUCAUUUAUCCAUCGAGCACUAUUAUCCCUGGUCUCAAAACCCGAAGAACUUGAAGGUUGGGAGCAGGUAUUGGUUUGCUCAACCCAACCAACUGCCACUGAGUUUACACGUCCGCCAAAUAGGGAAUUGCCAACAGACGACGUCAAACUUUCGAUUAGCAAAAUGUGGGAAAUUUCCAAAUCCAAUGACAGUAAAGCAACUCAUGAAUUUCUUGAUUCAAUAUUAAUGAAAGCAAUCAGAACUUUGGAUGUUUUAAUUACCAAAAUGAUCAAAAAUACAUCUGCAGCGCCAGAAUUAACAUCAUCUUUUAUCCCAAUACUUCGUCAUUUAAUCAAAACACUACCAAAUACAAACAGCAUAGUCAUAAAUGUUGCAAGUAAGCUAAACAACAUCCAUAAAAUAUCAACAAAGGAACGUCGUCCGUUGAAAUUACAACAACAUCGUGCUAUUGGUAUUGCUCAAGUUGCACCUCGCUUCAGUGAGAGGUUUAACCCUGACCGUAAAUCUGCACGUACAAUUGAUAUGGAUCCUACCGAUCCUAUCGCUGUCAGGGAUGAAAUUUCCAAGUUGAAACACCAAGUUAAAGAAGAACGUAAACAAGCACUUAAGGAGAUUAGAAGAGAUACUAAGUUUGAAGCAAGAGCACAAAUCGAAAGAAAGAAGAAAGAAUAUGAUGAAUACCAUAGUAAAAUGGCUAAAAUCUACAAUUCCAUUCAAACAGAAGAAGGUACAGAAAAGAACAAGUACGAGAAGGAAAAGCGGAAGCUCAAAAACAGAAAAUAG